AUGAAACAAAAUCAGUUCGUAUCAUCAUCAGCACGAAAAUCACGUAAAGCACAUUUCAAUGCUCCGUCACAUUUGCGACGGAAAAUGAUGAGUGCACCACUUAUAAAGGAUUUACGAAACAAACAUGGCAUACGUAGUAUUCCAAUAAGGCGUGAUGAUGAGGUAACGGUGGUGCGAGGCCAUUACAGAGGGAAUUCAGGUCGAGUAAUGAGAGUCUAUAGAAAAAAAUUCGUUAUACAUAUUGAUAAAAUCACACGCGAAAAAGCGAACGGCUCUACGGUGCAUAUUCCGAUUCAUCCGUCAAAGGUACAAAUAAUCAAAUUAAAAAUGGACAAAGAUCGCCGCGAUUUAAUUGAACGCAAGGCAGCUGGACGUGCUCGCGUUACUGGUUUACUCAAAGGAAAAUAUUCCGAAGAUACGGUUGCAGAUGAAUGA